GCCACGUGCGCGGGGCCGGCGCUCGGCGGAUCGGCCCCGGGCGGCCCCGAACAGCCUUUCUUCUCUUCAUCAUCCUCCUCCCGCGCCCGCCAUGGAGCCCGCCGGCCUCUUCCCACCCGCCUGCCUCCCCGCGCAGCCCGCGCCCGCCCCGGCGCCCACGCCUCGCCCGCCCGAGACCACCCGCAUCAUCACCGACCCGGUCUCCGGCCGCUCCUACUGCAAGGGCCGCCUCCUGGGAAAGGGUGGGUUUGCACGAUGCUAUGAAAUGACAGACCUCUCCAGCAACAAGACCUAUGCCGUGAAGGUCAUUCCUCACAGCCGAGUGGCUAAACCCCACCAGCGGGAGAAGAUCACCAAUGAGAUCGAGCUGCAUCGGGACUUGCACCACAAGCAUAUUGUCAAGUUCUCCCACUACUUUGAGGACACAGAAAGCAUCUACAUCUUCCUGGAGCACUGCAGUAGGAAGUCUCUGGCCCACAUCUGGAAGGCCCGCCACACUCUGCUGGAGCCUGAAGUGCGCUAUUACCUCAAACAGAUCAUCUCAGGCUUGAAAUACCUUCACCUCAAGGGCAUCCUGCACAGAGACCUCAAGCUUGGCAACUUCUUCAUCAAUGAGAACAUGGAGCUGAAAGUGGGGGACUUUGGGCUGGCUGCUUGCCAGGAUAUCUCUGACCAGAAGAAAAAGACAAUAUGUGGGACCCCCAACUACCUGGCCCCAGAGGUGCUGCUGAGGCAAGGCCACGGACCAGAAUCAGAUGUGUGGUCUCUGGGCUGUGUCAUGUACACCCUGCUGUGUGGGAACCCUCCCUUUGAGACCUCUGACCUCAAGGAGACCUAUAGGUGUAUCAAGCAGGUGGAGUAUACUCUCCCUGCCUUCCUCUCCCUGCCCGCCAAACACCUCAUUGCUGGCAUCCUCAGACGCAACCCUCAGGACCGCCUCACCCUUGAGGAGAUCUUGGACCACGAGUUCUUCAAGGGCUACACACCUGAAAAGCUCCCUCCCAGCAGCUGUGUGAUGGCUCCAGAGCUGAGUCCUCCCAACCCAGCCAAGAGUCUGUUUGCUAAAGUCACCAAGACACUUUUUGGGAAGAAGAAACCCAAGGGAGUCAAGAAGGGUUCUUUGGAGGACAAGGAUGACAUCUCCAAGCUUGUCACUGGGCUGAUGAAGACCUCAAUCUGCAGGCAGAUGAGCUAUAAAACCAUGGAAGGGAAUGAGGUCCCUCUGCAGGCCCCGGUGUUGUGCCGCAGCGCCAGCUCCAGCCCUGUGGAGACAGUGAUGGAAGAGACAUUUCACAAGUCUGCGUCUCCCUCCAUCCGGGGCACGAUGGCCAGCAGCUGUGAGGCCUUUGAAGACUGCAUCACCGCCUCUGCCAUCAUCGAGUCAGCUGUCCGGCUCCUGCGGACCUGCCUCUCCUCCAUGCCCCCAGUGGAGAAAAACCCAGCUUCCCUGGCCCGCCAUGAGCACUUUGUCUGGGUGAGUAAGUGGGUGGAUUACUCCAACAAAUAUGGCUUUGGCUACCAGCUCUCCAACCGCAGCAUCGGGGUCCUCUUCAACAACGGCACACACAUGGCGCUUUCCCCCAACCACAGGACGGUACAUUACAGCCCAACCAACAGCAAACACCUUGUGUUCUCUGUGGCCGCCAUCCCCGAGCAGUUGCAGGGACAGAUGAGUGUCUUGCACUAUUUUGCAUCCUACAUGGAGCAGCAUCUCCUGAAGGGAGGUGACCUGCCCAGCAUUGAUGACUUUGGGCAGCCAGCCCUGCUCCUCCUGCAGUGGGUGAAGACUGACCAAGCCUUGCUCAUGCUCUUCAGCAACGGCACCCUCCAGGUGAACUUCUACAAUGACCACACUAAGGUGAUCAUUAGCAAGCCUGACCACUCCUGCCUUGUCACCUACAUCAACCGGGAGCGCAACUCCUACACCUACAAGCUGUGCAGUAUCCAGGAGCUGGGCUGCUCUCCUGAGCUCCACCACCGCCUCAGAUACAUCCUCAAGCUCCUCCAAGAAAGAACUGAGGCCUAGUGUGGAACCUCGAGGACCCCUCUCUGGAUGUAGAGACUUCCCUGUGCCCCUCCCAUGGGAUGGGAGGCACGUUGUGGUGCUGAUUGCCCAUCUGGGCAUCUUGUAUGCUGGUGCUCAGUUAGACUUUGGACUGAGCUGUGGAUGGGGUUACAGCAGCAGAUCUGGAUAUCCCUGCUGCUCUCUGGCUCUGGGCAAUUGCUAUCUUCCUGCUGGCAGCUCCUGCUCUGGUUAUGCUGGUCUUGGUGGAGUGGACUGGUCUUGGUGGAGUGGGAGGUGGUGGGUGAGUGCCCUGCAGCCAAGUUUGGGGCCAGCUGUGCCUUGUACAUGGCCUGGUGCUCCAGCCUGCCCUGGCUGGCAGCUGCCUGCAAUGGGACCUUGGAUUGUCCUCCCCAAGGUGAUGCACAGAGCCUCUGCAUGGCCUGGAGGUGACCAGCAUAGCUUUGAUUUCAAGACUUGGCUGCUGUGGGGCAAGGGAAACUUCCCCAGAGUGGACAGGGGUGAAGGGUGCUGCCUGCCCUGCCAGGAGCUGUGUAGUCUGGUGUGUGCCAUUCCACAACUGCUACACUAAGGUGGGGGCUGUGCUGGGCCCAACUAUGCCAUUUGCUCCCAAAUUGUGAAUUGUCUGGUACAAGUUGAGGUUUGAUAAAGGGAGGGGAUGGGAUCUGAGGACUUGCUUGGGGAAGCCCUCAGCUUGUUGGGACCCAGGGAGGUUUCCUGUUUCAAGGCAGUCUCUGCCAUGUGGGACUAUUUAUAUGUCUUAUUUAUAUGGAAUUAUUUAUUUUCCUGUAGAUCUAUCCAUGUGCAGCUGCCCUGUCCCUGAGUCACCUCAAUAAAAACUUAUUUGU